AUGUAAAUCGAGUUUGAUAAAUACUUAUCAUUGUUAACUAAUUUAGAUGAAGAAAUUGGUAAAAAGAUAAAAGAGCAAUACCAUUUGGUUUAAAAUAAACAAUCAGAAUCCUAAAAGUGGAAUGACUAUUAAAGCAAAUUAUUAAAGUCUUUGAUACAGACCUAUUGUUCUAAUUAAAAUAAAAUCCAUGCUCAGAUACCAGACAAUGUUUGGAACAUCGUCUCAAAAUUGCUAAGCAAAUCUGUAAUGGAUUGCAGAUCACAAUUAGAAAACUAAAAAAAAUAAAUAUUCCAUUAAUAAUAAUGGAGUAAAAAUGAGGAUGAAGCCUUAAAAGAAAUUUGCAACUAGUAUAUCUCGGAAAAUAAACAAUUUAAUUGGAGCGAUAUAGCAAAAGAAUUAUCCUAAAAGUGUCGCAAAUCUACAAUAAAGCUGACAAAAUUUGUACGAGAUAGGUGGAUUAAUAAACUAAACCCCCAAAUAUAGAAAGGUCCUUGGGACCCAAAUGAAGAAUAUUAAUUUAUGAAAUUUAUAUUAAAAAAUGGAAAAAAUUGGUAAGUAAUUGCUUUGGAAAUGAAAAAUCAUAGAACUGAGAGUUCUGUAAAAAAUAGAUACUUUAAAAUUUUAAAAAAGUUAGAAAUAAAGGAGAUUUAAUUAUUGGAUAAAAAAUAAAUUGAGAAUGAACUUUCAAAACAUUAGUUAAAUUAAUUCAAUAAAAUUGAAGAACUAGGAUAACUAGAAAUUAGUUUUAUUUUGUUUUAUUUAAAUGAACUUGCAUAGAAGCUCAAUGAAUAGAAUAUUAAUUAAUCUGAUAAUAUUAGUAAAAAUGAUUAGAAAAAAUAGGAAUCUUAGCCCGAUUUAACUAAUAUUCAAAAGAAAAAGUUAAAAGCAGAGCAAAAAUAAAGUAAUUCUCAUGCAUCAAACAUAGUAGAGAAAGUGUUAAAAAAAUAUUAAUAGGAUCAAAUCUUGGAUUAUAAUAAAAUUAAGGAUCACUAUUAGGAUGUCGUAGUUUAAAAAGGGGAAACUCUUGAAUUUAAUGAAGAACCAAUAAGUAAUUCGAACGAGUUAUCUGAUGUUGAAUUUGCCAUAAUGAAUAAAGAUUCAUAAAAUAUACAUGUUUUUCCUAAAACUCAACUAAAAGCAGUUAUGGAAAUAUUUAAGCAAAAAAAAGAAAGCAAAAAGGAUUGUAAAAAAGAGAUAGUACAAACGUAGACAAAAUAAUAAAAGGCUUAAGAAUUACUGCAUGUUGUUAAAUAAAAACAAAUAUCUAAAUAAAAGGACCAUUUACCAAAGCAAGCUUAAUAAUUAUAAUAAUAAUAGUAAUAAUAGUAAUAGAUUAACUAACCUACAAUGAUUUCAUAAGCUUUUGAAUCUUAAAUUAGUUAACAAAAAAACAUGCUUUAAUAAUUUCAAUAAUACUAAUAAUAAUAAUAAUAACAACAAUAAUAGUAAUAAUAGUAAUAAUAAUCCUAAUAAUAAUAAUAAUAAUAAUAGCAAUAAUAAUAAUAAUAGCCAUAACAGCCUUUCUAUCAACCACUUCUAUAUCCAAAUCUUUUAUAUCCUUAAAUGCAAAUGACUUAAAUGCCUAUCAUGGGAUAAUUGACAGGAUAAAUGAUGGGGCCGAUGUAAGGAUAAAUGAUGAUUCAAAUGCCAUAAUAAAUGAUGGGAUAGAUUCCAGGAUAAAUGCAGGGAUAAAUACCAGGUUAAAACAUGCAAAUAAUCCAAACACUCCCAGGGUAAAUGUAAUAAGCUGUUUAACCUGUAAAUUAAUAAAUGGCAGAACAAUUUCAAAAUAUGAUGUCACAUUAAAUCACUAACCCUCCAAAUAAUUAACAAUAAAAACUAAUGUAAGCCGAAUUGAAUUAGCAAAAUUAGUUGCAAAUGUAAUAACUCGCUUCGAGUGGAAUGACAUAAUAAUUUAUUCCUCUAAUGUAUAAGCAUUUUAUUGACUAAAUUAGGUAUGCCCCUUAGGCUUUUUAUGAAUAGCAACAGCUAUAAUAGAUAAGUCAAUUGGGUUAAUAGAUGUAAUAAAACAAUCUUUUGAAGGAGAUGUUUUAGCAGACACCUUAAUAAUAGAUGCAACCAAUGAAUUACCCCAUGCCUCUGAUGCAACAAUUUGGGGAUCAAUUUUAUUAAUAAAAGAAUGUUAAUUAAGGAUUCUAGUAAACAUUGCCAAAUUACUCAUAAGUAAAGCAAGAAUUGGAUGAUUAAUAAUAGAAGAAUAAUAAAUGA